CUCCCCGUAAAACAGCGCACAGCGAGCGAGGGGUCUCCAACAUGUAGAUCCAAAGCCUCGCAUCAGCCAAUGCUGUGGUGCCUUCCACCUAUUUAUUAAGAACAGCAACAAUAAACAACCAAAACAAUAACAACAAAUGCCGCUGGGUUUACACGUCUGUUCAUUAAUCGAAACAGUCAUUCUAAUAUGAUCUCUCCAUCGCUUGGUGUUUCCUCUGCAUAAGCGGAACUCAGCGCGGGCGACUGCACUAUUUUAGGGACCUGCAUUUUGAUCAACUACCAACAAACAACAGAUACCGUGCAAGGGACCCAUCAUCGUUGGAACAUCAAACUAUUCAAAUCCUGUUGUUUAUUUUAUUUUCAUUUCAGAUAAAUAGGCUACUGGAUUUUUUUCCUCACCACCCCGAUAACGUCCUUGGACCAUGGCCUGGUUCCAGUUGCCCACAAUGCACUGUUCAGAGCCCUGACCUCUGACCCCUCACUUCUCACCUCUUCCUCCCUGACCUGCCCCCUUUUCCCUCCUUCCAGUACACGGAUGUCAGCCGUUCUCCUUUUCUCUAUACCUCCCCCCUCCUCUGUCCGGCUAUCGAUGGAUUGGGACCACCCCCACACUUUUGUUUGAUGUGUGGGGGGGGGGGACAAGAGGAAGCAAAGUUGGAUGAACGGAGAAAAGAGAAAGGAGGAAAACUGGAGGAAACAACAAGAGAACGCAAACCCCAAAGAAACAGAGAGACGGUCUGACGACGGAGGGCGUGAAGUAAAUACAGAGAUUUUUAAAGAUUCUCCUUCCCCAUGUCCCCGAGAAAUGUAAGGAAAAAAAACAAAACAAAAAAAUAGUUGCUGAAAGAAAAUAAGCAGAGAAAGCGGGCGAGAAAUCCGCCAUGGGGGAUCUAACCAACAGCGCUGUGGAGUUCUGCCCCAAGAGCCAGAGGGGCGGGGGCCCGGCCGGCGCGGGGGCCGAGCCCAGCCAUGGGGCUGCGUUCGGGGUCUCUCUGGACGAGCUGCGGACACUCAUGGAGCUGCGCGGCGCUGAGGCCCUGCAGAAGAUCCAGGAGACGUACGGAGACACAGGGGGGCUCUGCCGAAACCUCAGGACCUCCGCCACGGAGGGUUUGUCUGAUAACCCAGCGGACCUGGAGAAGCGCAGGGAGGUGUUUGGGCAGAACUUCAUUCCCCCGAAGCAGCCCAAGACCUUCCUGCAACUGGUGUGGGAAGCCCUGCAGGAUGUCACCCUCAUCAUUCUGGAGAUCGCUGCUAUCAUCUCCCUGGGCCUGUCCUUCUACCAGCCUCCGGGGGAGGAGAGUGAAGGCUGUGGGCAAGGAUCCGGAGGGGCGGAGGACGAGGGUGAGGCGGAGGCGGGCUGGAUCGAGGGAGCAGCCAUCUUGCUGUCGGUGAUCUGCGUGGUGCUGGUGACAGCCUUCAACGACUGGAGCAAGGAGAAGCAGUUCCGCGGGCUGCAGAGCCGCAUUGAGCAGGAGCAGCGCUUCACCGUGGUGCGGAACGGCAGUGUCAUCCAGAUCCCCGUGGCCGAGAUGGUGGUGGGGGACCUGGCGCAGAUCAAAUACGGCGACCUCCUGCCAACAGAUGGCGUACUGCUCCAGGGAAAUGACCUGAAGAUUGACGAGAGCUCGCUGACCGGGGAGUCUGACCACGUGCGCAAGUCGGCGGAGAAAGACCCCAUGUUGCUGUCUGGCACUCAUGUGAUGGAGGGAUCCGGGAGGAUGCUGGUCACUGCUGUAGGAGUGAACUCUCAGACUGGAAUCAUCUUCACCCUACUGGGGGCCGGAGAGGGAGAGGAGGAGAAGAAGGAGAAGAAAGGAAAACAGCAGGAUGGGUCAGUGGAAAACAGCCAGAAUAAAGCCAAGAAGCAGGACGGGGCUGUUGCCAUGGAGAUGCAGCCGCUGAAGAGUGCAGAAGGUGGAGAGGUGGAAGAGAGAGAGAAGAAGAAAACAAAUGUGCCCAAAAAGGAGAAGUCGGUGCUGCAGGGCAAACUGACCAAGCUGGCUGUUCAGAUAGGGAAAGCAGGUCUGGUGAUGUCGGCCAUCACAGUGAUCAUCCUGGUGCUGUAUUUCGUGAUUGAGACCUUUGUGAUUGAAGGGCGUGUGUGGAUGACAGAGUGCACACCCGUGUAUGUGCAGUACUUUGUCAAGUUCUUCAUCAUCGGCGUCACCGUGCUGGUGGUGGCCGUGCCCGAGGGCCUCCCGCUGGCCGUCACCAUCUCCCUGGCCUACUCCGUAAAGAAAAUGAUGAAGGACAACAACCUGGUGAGACACCUGGAUGCCUGCGAGACCAUGGGCAACGCCACGGCCAUCUGCUCCGACAAGACGGGCACUCUGACCACCAACCGCAUGACGGUGGUGCAGACGUAUCUGGGCGACCAGCAUUUCCGCCAGCUGCCUGACGCCGGUCAGGUCAACCCAAAAAUUGUCGAGGUGCUCGUCAGCUCCAUCGCCGUCAACAGCGCCUACACCUCCAAGAUCAUGCCCCCGGAGAAGGAGGGUGGCUUGCCGAAGCAGGUGGGCAAUAAGACGGAGUGUUCCCUGUUGGGCUUCGUGCUGGACCUGGGGAGGGACUACGCCCCCGUCAGGGAGCAGAUCCCAGAGGAGAAGCUGUACAAGGUCUACACCUUCAACUCCGUGCGCAAGUCCAUGAGCACCGUGCUGCAGCUGCCCGACCACUCCUUCCGCCUCUACAGCAAGGGCGCUUCUGAGAUCCUGCUGAAGAAGUGCUCCUCCAUCUUGGCAGCAGGCGGCGAGCCUCGGAACUUCCGGCCCCGGGACCGAGAGGAGAUGGUGAAGAAGGUGAUCGAGCCCAUGGCAUGCGACGGCCUGAGGACCAUCUGCAUCGCGUACCGCGACCUGCCCGCCAGCCCUGAGCCUGACUGGGAGAACGAGGCUGACGUCGUCACCGACCUCAUCUGCAUCACCGUGGUGGGCAUAGAGGACCCCGUGCGUCCAGAGGUCCCGGAUGCCAUCCGGAAAUGCCAGCGGGCAGGUAUCACAGUGCGCAUGGUGACAGGGGACAACAUCAACACGGCCCGCGCCAUCGCAGCCAAGUGCGGCAUCAUACAGCCGGGAGACGACUUCCUGUGUCUGGAGGGGAAGGACUUCAACCGACGCAUCAGGAACGAGAAAGGAGAGAUCGAACAGGAGCAGAUCGAUAAGAUCUGGCCCAAACUGCGAGUCCUGGCUCGAUCCUCCCCGACAGACAAACAUACCCUGGUGAAAGGCAUCAUCGACAGCACCAUCGUGGAGCAGAGACAGGUGGUGGCAGUGACAGGAGACGGCACUAACGAUGGGCCGGCGCUGAAGAAGGCCGACGUUGGCUUUGCCAUGGGCAUCGCAGGCACAGAUGUAGCGAAGGAGGCGUCUGACAUCAUCCUGACGGACGACAACUUCAGCAGCAUCGUGAAGGCGGUGAUGUGGGGGAGGAACGUGUACGACAGCAUCUCCAAGUUCCUGCAGUUCCAGCUCACCGUCAACGUGGUGGCUGUGAUCGUGGCCUUCACUGGAGCCUGCAUCACCCAGGACUCUCCUCUGAAGGCAGUGCAGAUGCUCUGGGUGAACCUGAUCAUGGACACCUUCGCCUCUCUGGCUCUGGCCACGGAGCCGCCCACGGAGGCCCUGCUGCUGAGGAAGCCCUACGGCCGCAACAAUCCCCUCAUCUCCCUCACCAUGAUGAAGAACAUCCUGGGCCACGCCGUGUACCAGCUCAUCAUCAUCUUCACGCUGCUGUUCGUGGGGGAGAAGAUCUUCGACAUUGACUGUGGGCGCAAUGCCCCUCUCCACUCCCCGCCCUCAGAGCACUAUACCAUCAUCUUCAACACCUUCGUCCUCAUGCAACUCUUCAACGAGAUCAAUGCCCGCAAGAUCCACGGCGAACGCAACGUCUUCGACGGAAUCUUCGCCAACCCCAUCUUCUGUUCCAUCGUGCUGGGGACACUUAUUGUGCAGAUUGUGAUUGUCCAGUGGGGGGGGAAGCCGUUCAGCUGUGCCCCCCUCAGUGUGGAGCAGUGGCUCUGGUGUUUGUUUGUGGCUGUGGGAGAGCUGCUGUGGGGACAGGUGAUCUCCACAGUACCUACCAGCCACCUGAAAUGCCUGAAGGAGGCGGGGCAUGGGCCGGGACCAGACGUGAUGACGGACGAGGAGCUGGCAGAAGACGAGGAGGAGAUCGACCACGCUGAGAGAGAGCUGCGCCGUGGCCAGAUCCUCUGGUUCAGGGGCCUCAACCGCAUCCAGACGCAGAUGGAGGUAGUGAGUACCUUCAAGAGAAGCGGUUCGUUUCAGGGAGCAGUCCGCCGCCGCUCCUCGCUUCUCAGCCAGAUCCAUGACGUAACCAAUAUUUCCACCCCCACUCACAUGCGGGUGGUGAAGGCCUUCCGUAGCUCCCUGUACGAUGGUAUGGAGAAGCCUGAAUCCCGGAACUCCAUCCACGACUUCAUGGCCUACCCCGAGUUUCUCAUCAAUGACAUCAUUCACAACAUCCCCCUGAUCGACGAUACCGAUGUGGACGAGGAAUCAGAACUGUCCAAGCACAACCACAUCCACCUGGCCCUCCGCCACCCCCCCAACCCCCCGCCCCCGGCCCAACAGCCCCCCCAACGCACCCGGCCCCCCCCCCGCCCAUACCGCCAGUACAGCCUCCCGCUGACCCCCAACCGCAACAACAACGCCAUCGACAGCGGCGUGUUCCUCACCCCCACAGACACCGCCAAGUCCUCCUCCACUAGUCCUGGCACCCCGGUGCACAGUCUGGAGACCUCUCUAUAACUGCGCAACACUGCGUAUGCACAGUCUGGAGACCUCUCUAUAACUGCGCAACACUGCGUAUGCACAGUCUGGAGAGCUCCCCCUGACCGUGCAUACACAGAGUACAUAACUGUGCGUACGUAGAAUAGAGAACUCUCCAUAACUGCACAUACACAGAGCAGGAGCCCUUCUGCAAAGGACAUUACAUCCCAUGGACACCUUGAACUGCGAUAACACCAUUUUGAGGCAGCCAUCUUAUGUAUGAGUGCACAGCUUGGAGACCUCUAUCAGUGUAAGCACAAGGCACAUAGGGAUCCCUCUAUAACUGUGAUUACACCAAGCGGAGAUCUCUCUUUAGCUGCAAUGCCACAUGAGAAAUGCUCUCUAACCGGAGAGUUCUCUGUAACUUUGGGGAGAGGGGGAGGGGGGUUAACGUGGGGGAGGAGCACAAGGACCUGGACGUACCGGAUGAUGAAAUGGAGAGGGAAACGGACGGGUGGACAGAGAGCUGAAGAUGAAGGAAGGAACUGCUCCAGUCCCCCCCCCACCUUUACCACCAUUCUACUGCCCUCCCUGUAGCUCCUACAGCCGCAUGGCCAUACAAACACCCCCCCCCCCCCCCCCUCCAGCUCCCUCGCCCACUAUGAGACUGCUCUGGCCUUUGAUGGGGACUUCAUUUGUCACGGUGAACUUUUGGGUGAGCAAAACAGCAGUGUUUAAAGAAAAAACUGGAAUGGACUAGAAUUGGACUGGAUUCGGGACUUCUGACUUCAAUAAUGACAGACAUGGUAGAUAUAAUGGGGUCAAUUCAUUCAGCUAUUUAUUGAUAUUAUUAUUCAUAUUAUUAUUAUUCUCGUUGUUGUUCAGAUUAUUAUUAUGGUUAUUCCUGCUAUAUUUACUGCGACAACUAUAACUAUAUUGCAGUUACCAAUGCUUUAAGGAUAAGCUUAAUCUGUCCACUUUUUUCAUUUCUGAAUGUUUUUUCCAUUAUUCCUGGUAUUUCUGUUUCCAUAUCCUCUAUCUCUCCCUCUCUCUCACUCUCUCUCUCCCUUGCUCUCUCUCUCUCUGUGUUUGUCUUUGUGUAUGUCCAGAAAAACAGACAAAAAGAAACAAAAAAAGACAUUAAAAAACAAACAAGGAAACAAUAAAAUUAAAUAUAAUAGUAAUAAUAUAGUGUGUCAGCUAAAACCAAUUUUAUUUAAAAAAGAAAAGAGAUUAAACCGACAUCAGCGUUCAGCUUUAGUCAGGCUUUUCCAUCUCAUUGACUGAGUAAUCAUUUGUUUUUACCUCGUUAGUUUGGUCAGAAAAAACUUAAUGCAGUAAUCACAUAGAACAGGGUUACUUUUAUUGUCAUUCAUAAAUAUUAAUUGAAGUGUCGAUACUAUGUCUAAAAAAUGUACAUGUAAUUUAAUUUGUAUUUAUUUAUUUAUUUAUUUAUUUAUUUAUUUAUUUAUUUAUUUAUUUAUUUAUUUAUUUAUUUAUAAACCUGGAAAAAGGCUUAAACAAUGUAAGCAACUUGUCCCUGUCAAUCACUGUGUACAACUCAAAUGUAUAAAAGCCAGUGCUUUGCCCUUUUACCAUGGAUACAAUCAUGAACCAUGGUCUCUGCAAGUUUACUGCAGUUUACACAGAACCAAACCUUUUAAUGAAGAGAAGCCUCAAAGACGCAGGCUGAUGGAGUUUUGUUCUGUUUUUCAAAGAUGGUAUGAGCUUUUCUGUGUUUUUCUUCAGCAUGUGCUCACAUUCCCAAACUUCCCAGAUGUUUGAACUUGUGUUCUUACCUGUAACAAGCCACCACCCAACAUCAGGAGAAAAAAGCAGGAGUGUUGGGAAAGGCUCUUGGCUGUAACUGCGGCCAACGUACACUUAUCACUGCAUUACAGGACUACUACCCAUACAAUCAUGCUACAAUCUGCCAUGUGAAAUAGACUUUAAAUGUACAUAUAACAUAUGCUCUCUCUUUGUCUGUUGUAAAAUACUUCCCCUGGUUUUAUGGUGAGUUCCUGUAAAUCUAGACAUUGAAGGAGAAUAAUUCAGGUCCUGGCUGGAUUUAUUAUAAUGCUGCACUAUUUAAUGCGAAGCGAAGCAUGCGUUUAUUAACAUUCGGCUCCAUGAUAGCAUUGCUUGACAUACCCUUGUCUACGGAUAGUUCGGUGUCACUUUCUCUCUCUUAACAUAAGCAGUAGAGAUUUUAUCCCCCACAUAUUAGCACUGUGUAUUGUAUUGUUGUAUGUCAAUGUUUCUGUCACCAUCAUAUCCACUUCCAGAGCUUGUAUUAUCCCCUCUACAGGGCCUCCAACCCCUGGAGUACUGCUAUAGCCACCUCACCACGCCCCUGUAGAGCAUUCGGUCUAUAACCACCUAAGCACAGUGCCCUUACUUUCAGUCGCUGGCUCAAUCAAGUGUUUCAUUUUGUUAAGCGUACACAACGUUUCAAGAUCAUUUCUGCAACUGCUGAAUGUGUCAGCAUAAAAGAUAAAAAAACAAUGACACCUGCUUAAAGUUAGGGACUCUGCAUGCAUGGUGGUUAGACUGAAUGCCCCUUCCCCUCAGUUUGAUAUUUUCACAGGAAAAUGUUUUGUGUGUUUCAAGACUAUAAUCCUCAUAUGCGUAAACAAUGCAGACAAUCCUGUUACUGAUUGAUUUGUGAAAUGUUGCUUUCACACAUAUUUCACUUAUUUCAGCAGACACAUUUGAAUAAAGGCUGAUACUGAAUCCA